AUGCCUCCCGGCGAUGUCUCACUGCCGGAUAGCCUUGUGCCGGGCAACGGGGCUGUCCGUCCGACAUUAAAUACCAGUGGGCAGGGUGGUAGUUUUCAGAGACAAACUCCCACUUCGCCGGCCGAUAGCAAUAGAACUUUCGACUCGCCGCGCGCAAGAUCUGGUGGGCGGAAUGGGUCUGCUGUGACUAGCCCGGUAGAUGGGGUGCAGAAUCCAGACGGUCGCACGGGCCGAAGAUUGGACUCGAACAACCCUGGCCCGCGGGACCCAUCAACUCCGCGUGAUCGAGCUGGUUAUUGGGAGAAGUCAGCGCAACGUGACAGACCUUCUCAGAGCGGCCGUCCGCCCACGAAAUCCCCCGGUAGUUCGCGUAUUUGCAAAAAAUGCGGCGAGCCUCUGACGGGCCAAUUUGUACGCGCACUUGGCGCAACGUAUCAUCUUGAGUGUUUUAAGUGUGAGGAUUGCGGGCAAAUCGUGGCAUCCAAGUUCUUUCCGGUCGACGCUGAAGACGGAAGCGGACAAUAUCCACUGUGUGAGACGGAUUACUUUCGGCGAUUGGACCUCCUCUGCCACGAAUGUGGCGGUGCUUUGCGUGGUUCCUAUAUCACCGCCUUAGACCACAAGUACCACAUCGAGCAUUUCACUUGCUCCGUUUGCCCGACAGUUUUUGGCGCCCAAGACUCCUAUUAUGAGCACGAGGGCAGGGUUUACUGUCAUUUCCACUAUUCCACCCAGUUUGCCCAGAGAUGCCACGGGUGUCAUACAGCUAUUCUGAAGCAGUUCGUGGAGAUUUUCCGCAAUGGUCAGAAUCAGCAUUGGCAUCCAGAGUGCUAUAUGAUUCAUAAAUUCUGGAAUGUGCGCCUAGCUCCAAAUGGCCAGCCUCUGGAACAUCCUGAGGCGGGUCUCGAUGCCACUGACGAGGAACGCAAUAGAGUGCGAGAUGAAGAAGAUAUGAUGGAGGAGAAGGUUUACAGGAUCUGGAGCAUUCUUUCUGGUUUCGAAGAGUCUUCAGCUGCCUGCAUCUCGGAUAUGCUACUACACGUCAGCAAUGGCUCCUAUCUGGAUGGAGUCCUAGUUGCUAAGAGAUUCAUUGGUCACGUCGAAGUUCUUUUCCGAGCCAUCGAUGAACUUGCUGGAUACAUCAAGGCGCAAGAGAUGAAGGACCUUGCUUACGGACGUGAAGCCAAACUAUUGUGCAAGAAAAUUGUCGCCUUCUUCGCUUUGCUGUCCAAGACCCAGGAAGCUGGGGUACGGAAACUAGGCGUCACGCAAGAACUCCUAUCAUUAGUCACUGGUCUUGCCCACUACCUUAAGCUUCUCAUCCGCAUCGGGCUUCAAGGCGCUCUGAAGCUGGAGAGGGAGAAGAAGAGUCCCGAAGGCUUGUAUCACUUUCUCGAUCACUUGGCAGAUAUUGAGACACUCAGGCCCCCGGAGCAAGAAGAAACACCUGCAGAUCUCAUGGCUGGGGUAGCCAGUCUUGCCGAUCAGCUUUCUGAUUGCUGUGCAGCAUGUAAAGAACCAAUUGAUGACGAGUGUAUCAUGCUAGGUGAAUCCAGGUGGCACCUCAAGCCACCUCAUCUUACGUGUGCAGCAUGUCAAACGGACCUUACCGAUACUUGCCAAGAGGCCCUCUGGAGUCCCAGGAUAAAAAAGGUUUUCUGCAAUAGUUGCGCCUCGCAGCAAGGCCUUGCGAAUGAGACUCAAGGUGGCUUUACUCGUGUGAGCAAAUUACAGCAGUUUGUCUUCCUGUUACGGGUUGCACUCGCGCGCCUUCUUGCUGUUUUGCACGCUGGAGGAACCUUGCAACCCACUUCAGGUAUGGUAUCCCGUCGCAAUGCUAAUACUGGUCAGCCAUGGGUUAACACUCUGCUUUCUCUAGAUGACCCGAGCUUCGCUGGGAGUGAGACUAAAGAUGGCAACCAACCUCAAUCUGGCGGUGAAAUUCACAGAUCCACAACAAGGUCGAAGUAUGCGGGCAGAGACGGUGCUGCUGAAUCAUCACUUGAGCAGACUGUGGGCGAGAUGCGACGCUUGCGGUCCAUUCGAAACGAGCGUACUCUGUCAACUACAUACAAGCGAGCUAGGGCUUCAAGAAUUAUCGACGGUCCUGAGGGUCGAAGUGUUAGGCCCGGUUCUUCCGGCGGAGAAGGUUCCGAUCCGCGUGGCCAUGGCUUCCAAAUUGUAGAGGAAAGAGAUGCCAAUGGCGAGACUGUCACCGACCUGACAUUUGGUAAUCAGGACGCUUUGACAUUGGACGAUAUUCCCAGGAUUGUGGCCGCCGAGCAAGCAAAAGAACAACGUCCCAACGCUUACAGACAUGCCGGCACUAAACUCGUGGGUACGACUGAGCCGCUUCCUAGGUAUAACCAAGGCCAUCAACGCGGUGUGUCUAGCGGCAACUUGGAAUCUCACCUCGCAGAGAGAACCACCAAGACCAAGAAGUACUUCUCUGAACUCUCAGCUCUCGAAUAUUUUAUCGUACGGCAUGUCGCUGUCUUGUCCAUGGAGCCUUUGCUGGAGGGUUACUUCACGUUGGAUGAGUUACUCUCCUUGAUUGAGUCUCGCAAGCCAACAAUUUGGAACAUAUUCGGUCGCGCCUUCAACAAAGAUGCCAAGAAGGCCGGCAAGAAGAAGGGUGUGUUCGGCGUGAGCCUCGACUUCCUGGUCGAAAAGGAGGGUACAGAAUCCACUCAUGGCGUCGGACCCGGCGCGCUUCGCGUUCCUGCUCUUGUUGAUGAUGCUGUAUCGGCGAUGCGGCAAAUGGAUAUGUCUGUGGAAGGUGUUUUUCGAAAGAAUGGUAAUAUUCGACGGCUGAAGGAGAUCUCCGAGAUGAUCGACAAUAAGUACGACCAGGUUGAUCUCACAAAGGAGACUCCUGUGCAGAUUGCGGCUUUGUUGAAGAAAUUCCUCCGCGAGAUGCCUGACCCGCUCUUGACUUUCAAACUCCAUAACCUAUUCGUUAUCUCACAGAAAAUACCUGACCCCGAAAAGCAAAAGCGGUUACUGCACCUCACGUGCUGUCUGCUGCCCAAGGCUCAUCGGGAUACUAUGGAAGUCCUCUUCGCCUUCCUAAACUGGACGUCGUCUUUCUCGCAUGUGGACGAGGAUACGGGUAGCAAGAUGGAUAUCCACAACCUUGCAACCGUCAUAACACCUAACAUCCUCUAUCCAAAUACGAAGAAUAGCACAGUUGAUGAAAGCUUCUUGGCAAUCGAGGCUGUCAAUGCUCUUAUCACUUACAACGACACUAUGUGCGAGAUACCGGAAGAUCUUCAGGCUGUUCUUAGCGACACCACAUUCUUCAAGGAUAACAAUGAAGUCAGCACAAAGGAAAUUCUGAAGAGAUAUGGCGACAUUGCGCGAGGAAGCUUCUCUCCGAAACCCAACAACGGCGGGGAAACUGUGACAAUCACAAAUCCUCAUAACCGAGGAGCCAAUACUCCUACGUCUGCGCGCAUUGAGACAGACCAGUCUCAGGACGGAUCAUGGCAGGCGCAAAACUCUGUACGCCACGUGCAAAAUACAGGUGGACACAACCAAGCAAACAGUGCAUCGGCGCCUUACAAUGGAAUGGAACUUGCGCCUGGACAGUCCGCCAGCUACCGUGAACGAAGCACCAGCAACGGCAGCCAACAGAAUCCCAUCCCACAGGAGGGACAGCCCCAACAGAUGCCUUACAGAUCUCGUCCAGGAGCGGGACCCAUGGGAGUUGCUGGUUAA